CGCCUCAGUUAGAUCCUAGCACCGAACGUGCAUUAAGACAAUGCAUUAGACAAUUGGAACUAUUGAAGACCGUAUGGUUGGAUGUGUUGCCUAUAAAUAUCUACUGUAAAGCUGUUGGAUGUAUAACGAAUUCUAUGAUUGACGAUUUAAUAACGAAGGUCAUAUCUGCCGAAGAUAUUCCUAUUGAUGUUGCGACAGAAAUGGUAACUUUAUUUAAUAUGGUUGUAAAACGAAUGCCGCAGAUAUUUCCUGAUCAACAGAUUCAACAUCAUGUACGUAAAUGGAAGAAAUUUUUGGAGCUUAUUAAGUUACUUGGUGCGUCAUUGAAAGAAAUCGAAUUUAGAUGGGGAAAUGGAAAAGGACCAUUAGCACAGGAAUUCACUGCUCCACAAGUUAAACAAUUGGUCCGUGCAAUCUUCCAGAAUACGGACAGAAGAUCUAAUCUUUUAGCCUCUAUAAGAUAAAAAUGUAAAAUACAAAAUUUCAAAUACAUAUAAAUAAUAUAUAAUAAAAUGAAUAAAUAAUCAAGUUUGCACCAUAUAUGUAUACGUUCUGUAUUAAAAUUGAAUAUGGAAAAUAGCUCAAAACGAAAUCAACUAAAGAGAAGAUAGUCAUGUAAUUUUAUAUGCUUUUGUAUAAAAAAUAAAAAAAUACAAUAUACCUCUCUCU